UAUCAGAAUAUUUUAUAGCAGUGAUUGCUGACAUGGUUUUGUUGCAUUUUUCUAGAAUAAUUUCUGUUCCGUAAUAAUUAUGUUUUUUAGGCUUAAUAUACUUUUAAGAAAUAUUCGUCCGUUGUUGAGGAUGAAUCAACGUCAUUCUUCAUCUGAGAAUAUAGCAAAAAUCAAAGUUAAUGAUAUUGAAAUUAACUAUUUAAAAGUUGGAAGUGGGCCAAAGGUAUUAUUAUUACUGCCCGGAGCAUUAGGUUCCAUAUUUACUGAUUUUAAACCACAAAUUGAAACUCUUAAUCGAGAUAAAUACACAAUAGUUGUAUGGGAUCCACCUGGUUAUGGUCAUAGUCGACCACCGGACAGAGAUUUUUCACCAGGAUUUUUUUAUCGAGAUGCAAAUUAUGCAAUUUCAUUAAUGAAAGAGCUACAAUUCAAUAAAUAUUCUUUGUUGGGUUGGAGUGAUGGUGGUAUCACUGCACUUAUUGCAGCAUCCAAAGCUGUGAACCAUGUGGAAAAACUUGUAGUUUGGGGUAGCAAUGCAUAUGUAACUGAAAAAGAUUUAGAGUUGUACGAGAAAAUACGAGAUAUUCAAAAAUGGUCUCCACGUAUGAGACAACCAUUCAUUGAACUGUAUGGAGAGAAGUAUUUUUCAGAGACUUGGAGUGCAUGGGUAGAUUCAUUUCAAACAAUUCUCAAUAAAAACAAAGGGGACAUUUGUCGAGAAGAACUGUCUAAAAUCAAUGCACCGACUCUCAUCUUGCAUGGUGCUCAGGAUUCUCUAGUGCCCAUGGAACAUCCUGUCUAUUUACAUAAAAAUUUAAAAUAUGCAUCGAUUAAAGUUUUUCCCGACGCCAAGCACAACGUUCAUUUGAAGUACCCGGAAGGGUUCAACUCCGCGGUUGACGAAUUCCUGUGCGGGACGACGCAAUAACACAUGGGAAUCGGGGAUAACUGUAC